AUGGAUGAGAUUUUCGAACAUUUCCAUAAAGUAUUUGAAGAUAUGACCUUUUCAGGGUUCUUUACUCCAAAGUUCAGAAAUCAGUCACCACGUGAUGAAAUGCUACGCCGACCGGAGAAUGAAUCAGAUUACUUGCAAGUGCCGGAGCCGUGGAUGCCUUUUCCCUUUUAUGGAGACUUGUAA